CGGAGAAAGAAAGCGAGGAGAAAUAAAUAAAAGACGUUCUCUCUCCCGCUCUCUCCCUGCCACUCUCUCGGUCUUCCCUGUGAGCUCGGAACCCUAGCGAUCGAUUACCGUCGCGGCCCGGAUCUGGAUCCUUUGUUGCCCUUCGACCGGUUCUUUGCUCGAACGGCUUCGUGUCGGCGCGGUCGGCUCGCCUGUUUUUUUGGAUUGUGACCAGAUUGCGGCUGUGACGGAGGAUGGCGCUGUUCAGGAGGCUGUUCUACCGGAAGCCACCGGACCGGCUGCUGGAGAUCUCCGAGAGAGUCUACGUGUUUGACUGCUGCUUCUCUACCAAAAUCCUGGAAGAGGACAAGUACAGGGAUUACAUGGGUGGUAUCGUUGCUCAAGUGCAGGACUAUUUUCCAGAUGCCUCAUUCAUGGUAUUCAAUUUUAGAGAAGGAGAUAGGAGGAGCCAAGUUUCAGACAUCUUGUCUGAUUAUAAUAUGACUGUCAUGGACUAUCCGCAGCAGUAUGAAGGUUGUCCCUUGUUACCUCUGGAGAUGAUCCACCACUUCUUGAGGUCGAGUGAGAGCUGGCUAUCAAUGGAAGGGCAACACAAUGUGUUGCUGAUGCACUGUGAGAGGGGGGGAUGGCCUGUGCUUGCCUUCAUGCUUGCAGGGUUACUCCUCUACAGGAAACAUUACACUGGGGAGCAAAAGACUCUGGAAAUGGUUUACAAACAAGCCCCAAAGGAGCUCCUACAUCUCUUGUCUCCCUUGAACCCACAACCUUCUCAUAUGAGAUAUUUACAAUACAUAUCCAGACGAGGCAGUGGGUCAGAUUGGCCUCCGGGAGAUACACCCUUCACCUUGGAAUGUCUAAUUCUUAGAGUCAUUCCCAUUUUUGAUAGGGAAGGGGGUUGCAGGCCGAUCAUUCAUAUUUAUGGUCAAAACCCUUUAACCCUGGCAAACAGAAAUCCAAAGACUCUUUACGCAACACCAAUGACCAAGAAGUACCUUCGGCAUUAUAAACAGGCAGAGGGCGUGCCAAUAAAGAUCAAUUGUCAUUGUCGUGUUCAAGGAGAUGUGGUUGUUGAAUGCAUCCAUAUGGAUGAGGAACUGGAGCAUGAGGAGAUGAUGUUCAGGGUCAUGUUUAACACAGCUUUUGUUCGAUCUAAUAUUCUGACGCUGAGCCGUGAUGAAAUUGAUGUUGCAUGGAAUGCUAAGGACAAGUUCCCGAAGGACUUCAAAGCUGAGGUACUCUUUUCAGACUAUGAUGCUGUUGAAUCUGACUCCACUACAGAAGUUAUAGCUGAUGAUGAUGAAACAGAAUGUGCCUCCACAGAGGCAACAGAAGAGUUCUUUGAGGCAGAAGAGAUAUUUAACAAUGCGGAUUGGCAAGAUGGAAAAAGAGAGUUGGAUUCUCAUACAAUUAGAAUAAAAAGCUCUGUUGAUGAUGGGAGCCAUAAAACAGAUAUUUAUUAUUUUUCCGAUGAAGCAAAGAGCAGGUUAGAAACAGGCAAUAUCGAAGAAGAUCUAAAGACUAUAAUCACUGAAAAAUUAACUACCAUCGAUGACAAAAUAGUCAACCUAGAAACCCCAGGUGUGGCUGGUCCAGCUGUGAGUAGAUUAGAAACUGGCAAUGCCAAAUAUGAUGAGGGAGAUGUUACUGAAAAGUCAUUUUUUUUGGACAACAUGACUGCAGUUCAAGAGAAGAGUGUGCUAGAAAGCAGUUCUAUACUGCAGGAUUCAAAGGCUAUUGAUUUUUCAGUGGAUGAAGAGAAAAAUACAUUGAAAAUUGGCAAUAGCAAGCAGGACAUAGAGAGCAUUAUUACCUUUGUGAGGACCACUGUAGAUGAUUCGAGUUGGAAGUUAGAAGCUCCAACUGUGGUCGAUGAAGCUAAUGGCAGAUCAGACAAAAGGGAUACCAAACCCUGUAUGGAUGAUAUUAUUACUAGAAAGCAGUCUGCUCUGAAUGACAGGAGUCCCAGCUCUGUGACCCAAAGUAUGGCAGAUAAAGUGCGGCGCAAUUCAGAAACACAUAAUAGCAAGAGGGAUAUACUCAGUGGUGCUAUCCAAGAUGAGGCAAAACUGUGUCAUGAGGGUAGAUUGGGAAAUCUAGGUAUGGCAGAACAGAUAGAGACCAGACCGGAUAGGAGCAAUGCUAGUUGUGGUGAUAAACUUCUUAGCAGAAAGCCGAUCACUUUGGACUACACAAUUAGAUUUGAAGAGAAGAAUAUAGUAGAAGCAAGCAACUUCAAGCAUGAAGUAAAGGAUAUUAUUACUCUUGCUGCUGAAGAGAAGAGACAUUCUGGAUCAUUCAAUUUUGAGGAGGAUGCAGAUGGUAUAGUUACUAAAAAGACAAUCACUUUGGAUAAUAUGAGUUGCAAUUCAGAUGAUUCAACUCUAGCAGAUGCAGCUAACAGCAGAGUAGAACAAAGGGAGUACCGACACAAUCAAGACAACCUUAUUGUCAGGAAGAAAUCUGCUCUGACCGAGAAGAAUCACAGGUUAGGAACCCCUGAUAUAGAAAAUGAAACAAAGUACAUAUUGGAAACCCAUGUUUGCAAAAGAGAUAGAGACAAGGGUGUUACAGAAAAAAGUUUACCAAUGAAGGCUCUCAAUCAGAAGACAGGAAAUGAGUUACAAAAGCAGAGCACUGAAAAAUCUCUGCCGCCCAUGUCCAAGAAAUCACCAACAAGCAUACAACCACUAAAUUUUGGUGCAUCCAGACAAAAGAUUAAACAACAGGAACAUCUGGAUCACACAAAACUGACAAAACUGAAGACAAUACCUCGGUGUACUUCACCACAGGACCCUGAUGCUACUACUGUUCAUAUGCCAUCUGAUCCUGGAUCUAGAUAUAACAGUGCACCAGGUGCUGUUGCCAUUUCUGCUCAUCCGAAAGACAAUGAAGCAGCUGAAACGGCACAGUUUCCUCCAAUUUCUGCUUCUAUCUAUAGAAUUGCAACUUCCUUGGUGCCAUCAGUACAAUCUGCACUGCCACCAGUUCUGUAUUCAAUCCAGGAAGUUCCUGAUUCUUCCUAUACAGCCAGCGUGUCCCAACCUUCUUCUUGUCACCAUCCACAGUCACCAACUUCUCAACUGCAAGCUGCUCCACUAUCAACACUGCCUCCGCUUCCUCCUUCCUUGGGUACUUCGUCCAAUUCUUUUUCUGCACAUGCUUCUUUUACUCCAUCUUCACCUCCACCACCACCUUUGAGGACAGGAGCUAUACCACAAGCAUCCCCUUGUGCUCCACCUCCACCUCCACCUCCACCUCCACCAUCAUUAUCUCCCUCUUUUGGGAGCUCAUAUACUUUAAGACACCUAAGUUCACCUUCACGAAUUGGAGUAACAUGUUCAUCCCUUCCACACCCUCCUCCCUCUACCCCUCCCCUUCCUCCUCUUGUCCACAAUGCAUUUGCCUCAAAUAUUCCACCUCCCCCACCACCUCCUCCACCUUUCCAUUCUGGUGCAUCUACCAAAUGCCCAUCUCCCACACCUCCCUCACCUCCUCCCCCAAUGCUCCUAGGAGCAUCUACUAGAGGCCUUCCUUCACCUUCCCUCCCGCCACCCCCACCUCCACCCCCUCCGUUCAUGAGAAGUUCAUCAUGUUCACCUGCCCCUCAUCCUCCGCCAUUGCAAAAUCAAGGAGGACAAUUUAAAGGCCCACCACCUCCCCCUCCACCUCCAAUCCAACCAAAUGCUAGUGGGUCUGUUGUUCCUCCACCGCCUCCUCCACCCCAUCUAAAGGUUGGAGCUUCACCUCCACCACCACCUCCACCUCCACUUCCUAUGUUGUCAUCAAAUAGAACGAAGCUUGCUAGGGCCACCGCCUCCACCCCACCGCCACCGCCUCCAAUGCACAGAGGGUCUCCAUCUCCACCUCCUUCCCUUGGAGCACGUGGAACUCCGCCCCCACCCCCUCUACCUGGAGGGCAUGGAGCUCCACCUCUACCCUCUUCGUCUGGAGGAUGUGGAGCACCACCACCACCACCUCCCUCUGGAGGACGUGGUGGUGCACCCACCCAACCAACUCUCCUUGGUACAUGUACACCUGCUUCACUGGCCGUGCCUAGGACAUCGGAUAGUCCUUCACCUCCUCCAGCAGAUGCCCCUGGUUCUCAGUGUUCUGAUAGAGGGUUAUCAUCAAAUUCCCUGGUGGGGGCAAGAGGACGUGGACUUGCACGUUCUGCGGGCUCAGGUUUUUCAUCUUUAGCACCUCGUAGAUCUUCACUAAAGCCAUUGCAUUGGGUGAAAGUAACAAGAGCUGUGCAAGGAAGUCUAUGGGCAGAAUUACAAAAAUAUAAUGAUGCUCCCAGUGCUUCAGAAUUUGAUGUGUCCGAACUUGAAAGUCUCUUCUCUGCGGUCGUCCCAAAAUCAGAUGGUUACUCUAAAUCUGAAGGGCGUCGUAAAUCUCUUGGAUCAAAAUCAGAUAAAAUUCACCUGAUUGAGCUAAGGCGGGCCAAUAAUACUGAAAUCAUGCUGACAAAAGUGAAGAUGCCACUUUCUGAUUUGAUGAGUGCUGUUCUUGCUUUGGAUGAUUCAAUUUUAGAUGUUGAUCAAGUUGAAAAUCUCAUCAAGUUUUGUCCAACCAAGGAGGAAAUGGAGCUUCUCAAGGAAUACAGCAGUGACAAGGAAAAACUUGGAAAAUGUGAGCAGUUCUUUUUAGAAUUGAUGAAAGUUCCACGAGUGGAAUCUAAGCUCAGAGUAUUUUCUUUCAAGAUUCAGUUUGGUUCACAGGUUUCAGAUCUUAGAAAAAGCCUGAACACUGUAGACUCUGCUUGUGAACAAAUGCGCAAUUCUGUCAAAUUGAAGGAAAUUAUGAAGAAAAUUCUAUUUCUUGGGAAUACAUUAAACCAGGGAACUGCAAGAGGUUCAGCAAUUGGUUACCGCCUGGACAGCCUUCUAAAACUUACAGAUACUCGUGCUACAAAUAAUAAAAUGACUUUGAUGCAUUAUUUAUGCAAGGUCCUUGCUGCAAGGUCACCGCAUCUUUUGGACUUUCAUGGGGAUCUUACCAGCUUGGAAGCUGCAUCAAAGAUACAACUGAAAUCAUUGGCUGAAGAAAUGCAAGCCAUUGUCAAAGGGUUAGAGAAGGUUGAGCUGGAGCUCAAUGCUUCAGAAAAUGAUGGCCCAGUAUCAGAGGCUUUCCGGAAGACCUUGAUGGAGUUCACUUCUGUUGCUGGAGCUGAAGUUCGAUCGCUAACAGCACUUUAUACUGCAGUGGGUAGAAAUGCAGAUGCGUUAACGCUGUAUUUUGGUGAAGAUCCUGCACGUUGUCCUUUUGAGCAAGUGAUAUUUACUCUUGUAAAUUUUGUGUCAAUGUUUCGACGGGCACACCAAGAGAAUUGCAAGCAGGCUGAGCUUGAGAAGAAAAAAGCCCCAAAAGAGGCUGAAGUAGAGAAGUCUAAAGCUUCAAACAGGAGAAGCGAAAGUGUUAGAUCACCUAACUUUUAACAAGACUGAGCCAACAGCUGCAGCAGACAACGGAGAAGAAGAAAACUACAAGUCGGCGAGGAAAGGAUGUUAGUUGACCUCUAACCUGCCGACACUGGCAUUUCAGUCUUGAUCUCUGCCUGCCUGGGGAACCCAUGCUCCACCAUAAUGUUUAGCAGUCCUAUUUCUGGGAGGACUCAAGGAUAGAAAACCUGGCCAGCUGUUCCUGCGAGAAUGGCAUUGAAUUCAUGGACAUCAAACCUCCCAAUGUUAUUCUGGAGGCAGACACCUGACAACCGGCCAAAAGGAGCUCUGGAUUGUGUAUUCUUGUUUUGUACAAAGCUAACCACUUAGUUCUUUCCAUUCUUUUAGUAAAUUUACUGCGUUUCCAGUUUAGAUAGGCCCAGGCAUAGGUCAGGAAUUAUAUAGUAGAGGUGAAAAAAAAUAAGAAAGUUGAAUUUGUAUCUGCUUUUUCACAUGUAAUUUCGUUAUCCAAAAAUGCUCGCAUGCUGCUGCAUUUUGCCGCUCGUUAACUCUCUCUAUCUCUCUGCAUGAAACUUCUUCACUUUUGUGAACUUGGUGUUCAUUGAACUCCAUUGGAUCGCAAAUGCUUCAUCAUGAGAUGAAUUUUUUAUUCCCUUCUGUGACGUCCUGUUUUUUCUUAAGAAGUAUAAAAUAAUAAGGUGACAAGGCGUUA